AUGAAGUACUUGCCGAAACGCAUCGGCAAUGCCAAACCGCAACACGUUGCGUUUGUUUCUUCCCAAAAGAAGGAAGUUAUUAUAAAUAUUUAUAAAACCAAAAAAAAUGAGUUUCCGGAUAUGAAAUACAAGGACCUCAUUCAAGUAGUUUCCCAAAUAUCAGGCGUAGGAAAAAAUACUGUUGGAUCAACAAUUUCUGAAUAUAAAAACACUGGAUUACUCAAAUCGUCUAAUAAAAAGAAAAACCGGACUUUUAUAAUUCAAAAAAUUGAUGACUUUGAAAAAAAUGCUAUUCGUCGUAAAAUUUACGAUUUCUGGUUGAAACGCGAAAUACCGACGCUUAACAAAAUUUUGACUGCCGUAAAUACUGACCAAGACUUGCCUAAUUUGUCAUUGACACCUUUAUACAGCCUUAUGAAGUAAAUUAAUUUUGUAUAUAAAAAAAGGCAACGAAAUAGUGCGUUGCUUGAAAGCGAUCACAUUGUCAGUUGGA